UAAAAUAAUGGCUGGAGCGAAUAGCGCUAUGUUUAUUUUCGAAGUGGUUGUGGGAAACGUGAAGAGCAUGGUGGAAAGUCGUCAUUUACUAAUAAAAAGUGAUUUUGGUGAUGUAUUCUCUUUAGAACUAAAAGAUCCUAAAACAAUGCAUAUUGUCAUCCCAGAGCCCCCACCUCUGCCGCCGGAGCCGCCAGGUAAAAAAGGUAAAAAAAAGGCGCCGAAGCCUAAAAAAGGUAAAAAGGGCGUUGUAGAAGCGCCGCCUCCCGAACCUGUAAUUCAAUCAGGUCAGUCUAUUUUAUUUUCGAGUAAUGCAGAAUUUAUUAUACAAACAAUGAAAAAAUUUCCUCUAGAACUGUCUUUGUGGAGCAAAGAAGAUAAUUUGACUUAUAUCGGCGGUACUUCUAUUCCAUGGGAUCCUGCAUUUCUUAUUUAUUUGGAAAAAAUUUGUAAUUGCGAAGUUCCUCCACCAGUUACUAUUAUUGAUGACUAUAACAUAUUUGAAGAGGGUACAGCAAAAUUAAUGGCUCAAAUUGGCCUACAAAUAAAACUAACAUUUUUGUCUGAUAAACUGACUUCAGCCUUCCGUACACUUUCGGAAGAUGCUACCGUCAAAAAGGUUUUAUAUACUGGUAUCAACUCUAAAACUACUUCUUUUAUGUGUACAUUGAAAACUACUGAUGAGGAAUUCGAAGAAAACUGUAAUAAGAUAGAAAAUAACUUCGUUAUAGAAAAAUCUAAGCCAAACAAAAUAGCAUAUGCUGAUUAUAAAAACGCUCCUGGUGCUAAUCUUACUUCAUAUACCGAUGGAGAUUACUGCUGUCGUAAUAACGCCGACAAACCACCGGACUCAAUAUACAAAGCCCCUGAGACUUGUCCUGAUAUUGAUUUUAUAAUAGAUUACGUAAGAAAGAUUAUCGUUUCCUGUAAUGACAAUAUGAGAAUGUUAACACCACGUCCUACUAUACAACCUAGAAUUAAAGCAACAGAUAUAGACAGACUGUGUUAUUGCAAACAAACAAAGUGGCCGGAGGGAGCAAUUGCUGAAAGAUUUAAGAAUGAAGCACAAUCUGAGCCCUGUCCGAUGUGCAAUAACGAGAGUAAACCUAAAGGCGCUCGUGGAACUACUUUUGACAUAGCUAACAUAAAAGGACCUUGUGGUAAAACAGAUUGUAAAAUAGCUAGAGAUUUAAGGGAAUACAUUGAGAAUCUUAUUGAAGAAGAGAAUAAAGAGAUUGACAUUAAUGAUAUUAUUGGACCUUGUGGUAGUAAGGAAUGUAGAAUUGCGGAAAAAAUUCAAGAAUUUCUUCGCCACGAGGGUGUAUUCACUCACGGCGCUACCUUGGAAGGUUUGUCGACACAGUGCGGAUGUAUAAAAACAAUGCAAGAAGCUCUCACACAAAAGGAAUCUUGUGACUCUUCUUGCUCCAAGGAUUGUGCUGAAACAACCAGCGAGGAGAGUAAAUGUGAUGGAUCAGUUUGCCCUUUUAGAUCUAAAGAUAAGCAAGUAUAUGACGUUUACUACUUUACUGUGGAGUACGACUUUGACAAGAAAAGUGCUGGAUCAACAUCUCCAAGUAACACAACUUUUAAAAACAGUACAAGGUCAACUUCUCCUAGUAACACGAAUAAAUCAGACAAAUCAUCUAAAUAUAAAUAUUGUUCUAGCUAUUGCCCUAGCACGAAAACUACUACAACAAAUUGUUCCAAAAGCGUUUGCUCUAAUUUAUUGGAUAAACAAGAAGGUAUGUCAGAUCAUAAAUCCAAAUGUCAGAGCUCUGUGUGUCUAGAUGAUGAACCAAGUCCGGCAGAUAGCAAUAUCGAAAUAAAGUUGGAUGAUAUUCAUAAUCCUUGCUGUGUGAAAACCUGCGAUGUUGCUGAUACGGUAAAAGACUUUAUAGUCGAUGGUAUAACAAAAAGUAAAGGCAAAGUAGAACAACACCCUGACGAAUGUUUCUGUGACUGUGAAUGCAAUUUCAAGCUUACAAAAAAUACAACCUAUUGUGCUGUUUGCGGUGGCUACGAAUGUUUAGGCCACGAUGUGGAACAUAUGCCUGCAUUUGCGAAGCCGCAUCCUUGUCCAAUUUAUCACAAGAUGUACGAUAAAAAAGUUAUUCAAAUCCAUAGCCCGUGGUCAGGAGACGAGAAAGAAGCUAAAAAAGUUUUAGACGUUAUGAGUAUUAAAAGCUCACGCACGCAAACUGGUUCCAAAAGUGGCCACGGAGAUAAACGGUCGAUAUCACGAACAAUGAAAAAUGCGUCUGAAAAGAAAAUAAAAACUGUUAAAGAAAUGAAAACUGAACCCGAAAAAAAGAAAGUAGGCAAAUUCACUGCCAAUGUAGAUACUACAAUAAUGCCAGUUGAAGUGAAGAAAAAACCGGAGACCAAGUACCCAUAUCCCCAAGUGCCCAAAACAAUGGGCUGGAAUUGGAACGCGGAAGAUAUUCCAGGACUUAAGCCUCGACCAAAAUGGAAACCUGGUGCAGCUCACAAACUUUUGGUGAGACGAUAUAGGGCAAUAAGGGAAGGAAUAGAUAUUAUAGCUAAGAAAAAAAGAGCUAUGAUGAAUCGAAAGAAAAAAAUUGAAAUGAAGCCUACUUUAGUAGUGAAGAAAGAAGAUGGUGAAUAUACCGUUCAAAUGGAGGUCUUGAAAAAAUAUUCUAAGGAAAGGCUGCUUUUUCAGUAUCCAUACGAUGAGAAACCUCCACUCAUAUACAAGAUAGGCAGAACUGCAGAAGAGCAACAAAAGAUUCAAAAUCAACGAGAAAGACGACAACGAAGAGAUACAAGAAGAAAAAGUACCUUGUUACAAUCGACUUUUAGAGACAGAUGUCAAGAAAUUUGUGUGAAAGCGUUUGACCAAGCAAUGGGUGUGCUACCUUUGCCAAAUCCAAACGAUCCUGAGUGUCCAUGUCACACUGAUGCAGUAAAAAUGCUUAGCCCAUCAAUAGAUUCAUGUUCUUGUUCUGAUGAAGACAAUAUUUCCAGCGGUGAUACUGAUAACGAUGAAUGGGUUAUAGAGUUUACUCCACCUAUAGCUCGAUGGGAUGUUAAAGUAAAACAUCCACCAGUUUUGUCUGCCAACGAGAGUCAAUACACUUAUUUAGAUUACAAGGUGAAAUUACUUGAUAAGCAAGGAAAUCCUGUUCCGAGAUAUUUCAAAGGUCCCGAUGGAAAACAGGAGUGUAGUGAUCUUGGUGGGUUUUGGGGCCCUAAGCAUGAGUGGUUUGAGAUUAAUAAAGAUGGCUAUAUCGGACCUGAUGGUCGAUGGAUACCGAUGAAUUUCAUCGGCCCUGAUGGAAUGUUUUAUUCGGCUGAGGAAGGUUUCUUUACAGAUAAUAGUGGUCGAAAUUUAACAUUAGGGGUUGAUGGUUAUAUAGAUAAAGAUGGAAAGUGGGCAUGGUAUUCUAAGCAAAGAGGUAAGAGCCCAAAAUCAAUGUUGUCUUCCAGAAUUGACACGGCGUUGGAUAUCAAAAAAAGUAAGAAAAUAGAAAAUAGUCGUGUAACUACAGGUAAAACUAAAGGUAACAUAGGAGACAAAAAUGAUUCGAAAACAAACAAAUCUAAAACACCAUCUCCUGUUUUAUCAAAAAAUGCUCGGUUUUCAAGUAAAGAAAAGAAAGUAGUACAGCUACAGUCUAGUAAGCGAAAAAAUCCUUUAGUAAUGAGUGCAUCGGUAAAUUUUGAUCAAUAUAGGUUGUUCAAUUCAACUUCGAUGAAAAACACUUCAGAUGGUAAAAAUUUAGAAAAGAAAUUGGAAAAGUAUAAUGAGAUUAUGAGAGAAUUAGAAAUGUGCGAUGAGGUGUCAGACAUCAAGCGACCAGGAAAAACUAACAGAGCUUCGAAUACGUCAGGAAAAUUUUUUUGUUCCCUUCGCAAGGCAUAAAUAACAUUGUCC